AUGGUGUAUUGCGGUAAACCCUCUAAAGGCUGCUCCAACUGCCGCAAACGCAAAGUCAAGUGUGACCAAGGAGAACCUCACUGCGGCCAGUGCACAAAGAGGCACUUGCAAUGUCCUGGCUACCGUAACCUCGUCGACCUCAUGUUUCGCGACGAGAGCGAGCAUGUCAUUGAAAAGGCCAAAAGAUCAGACGGCCGCAAACAGUCUCCCAGCCCCGCAUCUCCCUGUAGUUCAGACGAAUCGGCCUCGCCUGCUCUGUCAACAACACCAUUGAAUUGGAAGCAAACACAGACUGUGUCCAGGUUUCUAUCCAGCAAAGCAAGGCACAAAAAUACUUAUCCUACCACGGACCAGGCCUGGCUUUGCGAAAAACAGCGAGAGCUGGCACGGGCAAAGAAUCCUCGACAAGAAAUCAACCCAGACCUCUUCUUGCCGUGUUAUUCUGAAGAUUCCUUCCACGAGCGCGGUAUGGCCUUUUUUUUCUCCCGUCAUGUUGCCAGAAACGACAUUGGAUACCAGAGCUACGACUUCAUUUACGAUGUUUGGAAACCCCCCAGCAAUCCUAGUCCCGGGAAUCAGGACAGCAUCGCCGCUGGCAUCGUUGCUAUUGGACUGGCCGGCCUUUCCAAAGUAACUCGCUCUACAAAAAUCAUGGACAUGGCCCGACGCAACUAUGGCGCUGCGCUGGGCUUGACUACUGCCGCGCUGAGCGAUCCCGCCGAAGCCGUCAAGGAUACCACGAUGCUUUCUGUCCUUCUUCUGAGCUCUUUUGAAGUCGUCUCCGGAAGCACACCGCAGACCAUGGAAGCGUGGCAAAAACACGUCGAUGGCGCUGCCGCUCUCGCCACACUUCGAGGUACCGACCAGUUCAAGACUCCUGCAGGGUGCAAGAUGUUCCAAAUGCUGUGCUACAGUGUGCUUCUCAGCUGCAUGCGUUCCGAUAUUCCCGUACCGCAUGUCAUUGAGGAGUUGCGCAACAAGUCUCUGGAGAUGGGCAAGCUCGAUCAGACAAACAGAAACCUUAUCGACCACAUGUUCACGACGACCGAGGUACGACACCAGAUCAAGACGGGCAGGAUUACCGGAAGAGAUAAAAUCAUCUCCAUGCUCGCCAAGUGCGAUGCCGAAUGGGCUCUCCUGGCCUCGGGCUUAGCGAAAAUCUGGCGGUAUCGCAAUAUCAGAUUGCCAACCGUGACACCGACGGCUAUGCAUCGCAACUGCCAUGUAUAUCCUGGUCUGACAGCUACUGUCACAUGGAACGGGAUUAGAUCUACGCGUAUGCUUCUCCAGGAAGCCAUCAUCGAGCAGCUCUGUCAUAAUGUCGACAACGAGCGCUGCUUAUCCACCACCGACCAGGAGCUCCUCAUCAGUUGUAUCAAGACGCACAACACCCUGAGCGACGCCAUAAUUGCUAGUGUACCGCAGUUCUUCGGUACCGUCCGGUGGGAAGAUUAUGUCACGAGUGACGCUGCGGAAACGUCUCCAAUCAGCACCCCCACGGAGCCUUUAAGCCCGGACUUGGGCCCCUCGAGCUCUCAGGGGUCCGAGCCCAUCGUUACGCCACACGAGGAAGUGGCUGGUCGGACGGGACAGUCCGUCGUCGCUGUGCUGCCGUCUCUAUUUGAGAACAAGGAACGGCCGCUCGGCGAGCUGUGGUGCGACAUGGAGCGCAUCAUGACCCUUGCGGGCUCGUGCACCUCGAUUGUUUGGCCGCUGUUCAAGAUUGGCAUCUCACCCAACUGCACCCCUGAGAAGCGCGCCUAUGUUUUCAACAGGCUAAUGGCCAUCUACGAUGAGACGGGACUGGAGAAUGCGCUCGAGGUAGCGGAAUCGGUACAGCAGAAAAUGACAGAGUAUCGCACGCAGAACUGCGCAAGCUCGGCCAGUGUUGCCCUGUCCAACUCACUGCCCGUUUCGGUGGAUAUUUAA